UGCCAUUCUUUGGCUAUUUCUCCUUUCUUUCUCUCACUCUAACAACUGGUGCACAAUAGCAUCCGUCCUAGCCGACGCUAUUGUGCACUCCUCCCCCUCCGUUUGGUCGUUGCCGCCGCCACCGCCGCCGCACAAUGGGGAAGAGACCACCGUCGGUCGACAUGGAAUCAAUGUCCUAUAACAUCCACAAGCCCAUCACAAUAGUGCCACCGCCACCGAGCUAUUAUCCUCCCCCACCCAAACCAUGGUUCCCAUGGCUGGUGCCUCUCAUUUUUCUAGUCAAUGUGGGCAUGUUUAUUUUCACAUUGUAUAAAAAUAAUUGCCCCGCCAUCACCGGAGGAAACCGCUGCCUUCUUUACCCUGAGCUUGGCCGAUUCUCCUUCCAACCGUUUCAUGAGAAUCCCCUCCUCGGCCCUACCAUCAGCAUUUUGAGAAGAUAUGGGGCUUUGGACAAAGAAGCAGUAGUAGAACGUGGAGAAGGUUGGCGCUUGGUGUCUUGUACAUGGCUUCAUGCUGGAGUUAUUCAUUUACUUGCAAAUAUGCUCAGCCUUCUCUUCAUAGGAGUUCGCCUCGAACAAGAAUUCGGAUUUUUGAAAAUAGGAUGUUUAUAUGUACUUUCUGGAUUUGGUGGGAGUUUACUUUCAUCUAUAAGUCUCAAUCCAGCUGAAAAUCCAACCAUAUCAGUUGGUGCUUCAGGUGCUCUUUUCGGCCUUUUGGGAGCUAUGCUUUCUGAGCUCAUUACAAAUUGGACAAUUUAUGCAAAUAAGUGUGCAGCCCUGAUGUCUUUGAUUCUGAUCAUUGCCUUAAACCUGGCAGUCGGUUUCGUCCCACACGUUGACAAUUCCGCUCACAUCGGAGGUUUCAUUUCGGGUUUUCUCCUUGGUUUCAUCCUCUUAAUCCGACCGCAAUUCGGAUACGUUAACCACAAGUACAUCCCUCCAGGCUCUGACGUGAAACGUAAAUCCAAGCACAAAUGUUAUCAAUAUUUUUUGUUGAUUGUAGCUCUACUCCUCUUGGUUUUCGGAUAUAUCUCUGGUUUAACAAAGUUGUACAGAACUGGUCCAAUACAAGUAUCGAAAAGCAACCGUUUCUGAAAGAUAGCUUUGAAUUGUUUGAUCAAUUUGAUAAUUGUGUUUCUCUCUAAUGCCAAAUCGAUGAAGCAUUUGAAAAUUUAAAUGAAAAUGAACCUUCCUUUU